AGCCCAGACACACGCUGAGAGUGUAGGAGAUGAUGUAGCGGUGGUGGCACAAUUCUGCAGCCACGUCACAGGGGUUUUAAUUUUUAAACGAACAUUUCAAUGAAAGAGGAUUGACGCUUUUGAUUUUAAAGGUUUAAUUGGUUACAGUCUUCUACUAAAUAUUUAACGGCAGCCAUUUGGACACUUGGAAUUUCAAAAGAUGAUAUCUAUAUAUAUAUUUAGUUGAACGUAGUGAGAAAACAGAAGCGCGUCUCCUGCAUUGUCGGAAUGAGUGGAAUAUUUCCCGUGUUGACUUCUACAGUAUCAAGAACGCGCCUGGUAUUUUCCAGUUCCGUUUCUUAGAGAGGGGAAAUCUCCUUGUAUCAUUAGAUGGAGACAAAUGUGCAUACAAAUUAUAACACAUUCCUCUAUGGCCAGCGUCACGGAAACGGGCUAAGCACAGUGAUGCUGCUCCAUGUCGACAGUAACCGGAGACUUUCCUCCGAGUCGGAAUAAAGUUUAAUAAGGGGGUCGGCAAAGGGAGCGGGACGUCGGCAGCAUCCAGUCGAAUACCCACUACUAUACCCGGGGAUUUAAUGAAAUACUUCCGUUCACGGUUAGGAUUUUUUUGGUUUGGAGAAAAAUCUUACGCCAACAGGGUGUGAUCUCUAAGUUCUAGUAUUGGUCAUCGCGUGAACUUUUGCUUCGCUGAAAGCCCGCCCUUCGGUUUAUUUUUUCCUCCAUUUGUGUGACAGCCGGAGUCUUUGGCACAACGUUAUUGACUCUGCAGCAUUUUUUUCGUUGCACCGAGCGCGCAUGUUACUGGAUCGGAGAUCUAAACUCCAGCCAACGACGGUACUCCUCUUCCCGUCCGUCAUAUAUCUGAUAGGCGUCGAGUCGCGGAUGCGUUCUUUUGUUGGGGCUUGACUACUGCGCUCGCACGAUGGCCGCUUCUGGGGGACAGAAGGUUCCGAAGAGCGAGAAGUUGGAUGAGGCGCAAGCGCUGGCGAAGAGCUGUGCCGGGAGACCCGACUUUCUGCCGUGCGACGGACUGUCUAUCUGCGCCACGCACAGCCACGGAAAGUGCUUCAAGCUUCACUGGUGCUGCCACUUGGGCUGGUGUCACUGUAAAUACGUGUACCAGCCUAUGACCAGCGUUUGCCAGCUGCCGAGCACGCCGGUGCCCGCCGCCCCCUCCGACUACACGGACACCAUCGACCUGUCAAUCUCCCUGAUGGAGCGCUUCCUCAAGACCGCCCCCAGCUUCCAGCCGCCGCCCUGCCCCGAGUCACCCAAGUACUGCGUCAUCUCCGACCUCUUCAUCGACGACUACAUCGUCAAGCGCAUCAACGGGAAGAUGUGUUACGUCCAGCGGCCACCGCCACCCCCGCCCCGCCCCCCGCCGCCGCAGCAGCAUUCGGCCCCGCCUCUCCCACCCGGCCCGAAUGCCAGGGCUGUUCACGGCGCGUACAAACGGGCGGCCCCCGGGGACAAGGCCAGCGGGCCCAAAAUAGACCACUGCACCUCGCCCUCCAGCUCAGAGGACUCCGGCAUCAACGCCCUGGGCCUGCACUACCUGGAGUCCUGCGACGAGGACUCGGAGGAAGAAGAGGAGGACGAAGAGUUGAGCUCCGACGGAGACUCCAGCCCCGGCAGUCUGUGGGACCAGGACGAGUGCUCGCUGCUCUCCCCCUCCAAGUCCACGGUGGAGAUCAUCGAAAAGAUAGAAACAACUGUUUGAUACCCCUCUGGUUCUCCUGCCGCCACCCCAUUUCAGCGUGGAUCAAACACAGCUUGCACACAGAGGAAGAGGACUUGCACAAAGAUCGACUGUUCUACUAAACGUUUGUUUUUGGGGCCCUACAAUCCGCACCCUGAGGAAGUGUGUCCCAGCUGUUUGCCAUGUUAACGUGGACUGGCCCAUGCUGGCAACCAGGGACUCUCUUGCCCUCCUCUGUACCUUUAGUUCUCAGCCCUGCCCCCAGCAUGGAUUCUCUGACAGGGACUGCUAGCGUAGCCUUGUAUCUUAGGAUGCUUUAAACAGAACACACACAAAUGCACGACAGGCGCGCGCGCACACACACACACACACACACAGACACUUAUGCGCACAAGCCACGUAUGACCAAAAGUCUAAAAAAGAGACUGUUUGUAUUAAGAAGUCACAUGAUUUUAGGUAAUGCUCCCACUGAGAAUUCCCGUGAAGUCUACUUUUUUCAUACCUCAGAAAAGAAAGUGAAACUUGAGAGAGAGUAGGAAGUGGUGAGGGUGGAAUUUUCUGAACCUGGUCAUUUCUUACAUUGUAGUUCUGGUUAAAUCAUGCAUGAGUGUGAGAGACAUUGACACAUUGUUUUGUGUUUUGUCAUGUGGAAAGGAAGCCAGCGUUUUACACUUCACACCAGUAGGGCAUGCUGGAUCUAGGCUGGUGUUCCACAGGUGUCUCCACAACCUAACUGUCAAUCAUAUGAUACCCACACGGCCACUGAUGUACUGAGGCUACACCACACAGGGGCCUCCAGUGUCUCAUGGGUUCAGAGUUAACUUGUAAACUGCCUGCACAAAAACAUGCUCUUUAAAAUGCUGAAUUUUAAAAGUAAUUUUUGACAAUCAAAGAAUACACAAAAAUAACACCCCCCAUACGCAUUUCUGUGAGUGGGGGGGGGCUUACAUGCCCUGUCAUUGAUUGGCUGAGGACAUAUUUAGUAAUCUUUUACUGUGACGGUUGGAUAGAAACUGCCUUUCUUCCUCUUUCAGUGCACAAGACUUCAGGAAGUGUGACUGGCGACCAAGUUUUUGUGUUCAGCCACGUGGCGUUUUUGUUUCGGUUUGACUUCCACAGCAGGAUCAUGAACUCAUUGGCCGAUGCUGAACAGAGUCAAACUUCUGGGAAGAGGACGUACAAAAGACACUCCAUCAACAACAAAGUCAGUGACCUCCAUGUGGGAUGAACAAACGCUGGAAGUAGCUAAUCGCAACAGCACACCGCAUUAACAGAGCGGAAAAAGCACAGGAGGUGAACUAACAGCCUCUGGAUUCUCACUGAAGUUGCAGGUCCUUUUUCCCCCAAACUAACUGCCAAUGGUGGCCAUCAGUGACUGAGCUAACACAGGAAGUAGUCAUCGCCUUUGAACUGUGGUUCCAGAGCCUGAACCAGAGUUUUUCCACUUUCAACCUCGGCAGAGGGCUAAGGACAGCCCUAAGUGACACGUCAAAGGGUGCUUUCUUCUUGUGAAACAUGGAAGUCGAGAGAAGGGGCAUUGAGGUGGCCAUUGUGGACCAUGUGGGCUAAUGUCCAUUUUCAUUGGCAAGACCUGAAGUUAAAAGAAUACACCACUGAUUCUAUUAAAGUUUCUCCUUCACUUUGAUUUACAAAAAAAAUCAAGUGGUUUUGUUUUCAGUAGCUUUGUCCAUUAAUUUCGGCGAUCACAUUGGUGGUAACUGGAUAAACCGGGGAAAAAAAUAUUGACAUUAAUUGUGUCAACAUUGAGUCAGCAAAUAUUGAUUGAAUCCAGGGGACAGACACACAUACUUAUAAUUAUCACGUGUCAGUGUUGGUUGUA